CAAUUCAAAACUGUAAGGAGAAUAACACAAUCAGUACAAAAAUUCAGUUUUAAAACUAGAAUUAAAGAAACAAUAAAGAGCAAUACGCUUAGAGCUAAUUGAAGAGUUACAUUUACAACGCAAUUCAAACUAAAAGUAAAUUACAAAAUUAUUAUACAAUGGAACCGGCAAGUGAUUCCAGCUGCUCAGCAAUGCAGGUCGAAGAGACGGAAAGCGAGCAACAGGUGGAUGAAGAAAUGGACAUCGAUGAGAAUGUCGAUGAGCAGCCAAUGUGUAGUGCAAGCAAUCGGGAAAAACCCAAGAAAUAUUUCACAGUGAAGAAGUGGAAUGCGGUGGCAAUGUGGGCGUGGGAUAUCACCGUGGACACUUGCGCCAUUUGCCGCAAUUCCAUUAUGGAUCUGUGCAUCGAAUGUCAGGCGGAUCCGAAUCAAAACACCUUCGAGGAAUGCACCGUGGCCUGGGGCGUUUGCAAUCACGCCUAUCACUUCCAUUGCAUCUCGCGUUGGCUCAAAUCUCGCUCCGUCUGCCCGCUGGACAAUCGCGAGUGGGAGUUUCAAAAGCUUGGUCGAUAGUUUGUGUGGUUUAUGGUCGGGAAGGGAGGGGGCUCAAGUAAUAAGAAAUCGUUGUGCUGACUCGGCGCUCUGAACUUUA